AUGCCUCCAAAACCUGCUGCUGAAGCAGCGAAACCACCGCCAAAAAAGAAUUUAAAGGGGAAAAAUCAGGGGUUAGAACUAGAUUCUACACCACCAAGUGCAGGUGAAGGCGUAUUUAUCUUUAAAGAUGGAAAUGCAAAAUAUGAAGGGCAAUGGCAAAGAUUUGAUGGUGUUAUGAAGAGACAUGGUGUUGGAAUUUAUACAGAUUGCGGAGCAACAUAUGAUGGGCAUUUUGUAGAAGAUAAAUACGAAGGAUACGGAGUUUUUACCUCUGUUGAUGGCGCAGUAUAUAAAGGAGAAUGGAAGAAUGGUUUAAUGAAUGGUCAUGGAAUAUAUAGAUGGCCUGAUAAAGCUGUAUUCGAAGGUAGUUGGGAAAAUGGAUUGAUGGAAGGACCUGGAACUUUUACAGAUACAAGCGGCCUUGUGUGGACCGGUACUUGGUCCCAUGGCGAAGCUGAAUUAGAAAAUAUCCCUUUAUCAUAA